GCAGAGAGCCCGAUGUGGGGCUUGAACUCACAAACUGUGAGAUCAUGGCCUGAGCCAAAGUCAGAUGCUUAACUUACUGAGCCACCUGGGCACCCCAAAAUAGGGACUCUUGUGUGUCUGGUGACAGUAUGGGAGGUAGACAGGGAUAGAGGUGCAUCCUCCAUCCUUCUAGAUAGGGACCUGUGUUCUCAACUGAGCUGCAGUGGCACAACCAGGAUAAGUUCCUGACCUUGAAGCUCAUGGCGUAGAGGGUGACAUGGACCUUCAGGAAUUAAUCCCACAGAUCCUGGCAUUGUUACAGAUUAUGGGGGUACCAGGCCAGAGGGGGCAGGGAGUACAGAGAGAGCAUAAUGGGGGUGAGGAUCUUUCAAGUUGAGGGUGGUCAGGGAUGGUGGGGACAAUAACAUUUCAGCUGAGGCUUGGGGAUGAGAACAAGGUUGACUGGGUUGUUGCACGAGCAUUCUGGGAACUGGUAACAGUGUGUGCAAAGGGACUGAGGCAGAGAGGAGCUGAGUUCUAGGGACAGAAGGAGGCACUAGGUUCUCAGAGCACUAUAAGCAAAGGCAAGAGAGGAUGAGACAAAGCUACAAAGGCUGGUGAGGAUCCAGGGUGUGCACAAUCCUAAGAGCAGUAAGAAGCUCCCAAGUGAGACCCAAGAGAAGCUCAAAGUUAGGCAGGAACAGGGGUGGGGAGGAGGCUUGCUCCUUGAUCCUGCCAACAGAGACUUUCCCUCAGCCCUGUGCACAGCAGAUGCUCAGGGAAGGGUGAUUUGCCCUGCUCCCCGCCUAAGCUUGGGUGGUGGGCCACUGGUGUCCCCCUGAGCAGGAGCACAGAGACAUCCAAAGGUUUGGGCAGUGCUCUUGGAUCUGAGGGCAUCCAGGUGUAGCUGCAGGGCUAGAUCCUGGAAAGGAAUGGCCACAGAAGUCCUGGACCCCCUUCCCCACCACCCCAAGGGCCACUUUCAUUCCAUUUCUCCUCUGCCCAGACAACCUCAAGGUUGGUGUGAAGACCACCACAGGCUUGCCCCCUGCACUUUUAACUCUGGCCCCUGCUUUUCUUCUUCCCAGAGAGUGUAGUCACACUAUCUUCCAGCACUCCUGCCUAUCACUGUCCCUGGUUCCAAGGGGGGUGUUACCUCCCACUACCCUGCUAUAAAGCCAGCAUUGAAUAUGGGCUGGCACAUUCUCUGUGUCCUCUUCUGAGCACAUCACACAUCUUAUUGUAUCCCCAAACAGCAUCACAAAGCAGCUUUCCCCCUUACAGAUGAGGAGACCAGCCCUCAUGAAGGUUAACUUGCCCACAGUCACAUGCUGCUAUGGGCAGAGUAUAAACCCAUGUCCUGCUUUCAGCCUUGUACUUCCCUGUCUCCUUACUCCUAGGAGAGUCCACUCCAUUUACAACUUACAGAGUGAGGGAUGGACAGACAGGUGGACAUUCCCCAAGGGUAGGGAGCCCUGAGAAUCAAGCACCCUGCUUCUUAUUCUUUGAAGCCUCAGGUUCCCACAUGGUGUCUUAUACCAGAAGCUGCUAAGAAAGCUUGAAUGAAUGCUUUAUUUGAGGGGCUGAGGGGUAUUGAACCAAAGACAGUGGCGCAGAGUUAGUUUCUUUUGCUGCUCGGGUAGGAUUUCAUAGGCUUGGAAAGCACAUAGGCAUUAUUUCCUCCUUGGCGGAGUAUUCUGCCUGAGUAAAACGAAACAUCUGUGAAACUUCCAGGAAGAUGAGCUGCAUUUCUCAGACGUGGCUGGGGCUCUCUGUAGUCCCCAAAGGAUGGGACUUUAAGCCUUCUGAGAAGUGAACACCUAUAUAGAAGAGGAAGCGAGAACUGAAAGAAUGGAUUGGACACAUGUUCCUGUACCCUGAGAGCUUCAGCACAGUCCUCAGCAGAUAGAGACAUGAGAAAAAUACCAAAUAAUGGGAACCUGAAGAUGACAAAAGUGGCUUACCCUCUGGGGCUGUUCAUUUGCCUGUUCAUCUAUGUCGCCUAUAUCAAGUGGCACUGGGCCUCCGCCACCCAGGCCUUCUUCAGCAUCACUGAGGUAGCGUCUGGGGCCCGGAGGGGCCAGCAGGCUCAUAGUCCUCUGGGGACAGCUACACAUGGUCAUGAGGUUUUCUAUGGCAUCAUGUUUGACGCAGGAAGCACUGGCACCCGUGUGCACAUCUUCCAAUUCGCCCGGCAGCCUGGAGAAACUCCCACUUUGACCCAUGAGACCUUCAAAGCACUGAAGCCAGGUCUUUCUGCUUAUGCUGAUGAUGUUGAAAAGAGUACUUCGGGAAUUCAGGAAUUACUGGAUGUUGCUAAAAAAGACGUUCCUUUUGACUUCUGGAAGGCUACCCCCUUGGUUCUCAAGGCCACGGCUGGUUUACGUCUAUUACCAGGAGAAAAGGCUCAGAAGUUACUGCAAAAGGUGAAAGAAGUGUUUAAGGCAUCGCCUUUCCUUGUGGGAGAUGACUGUGUUUCCAUCAUGAAUGGAACGGAUGAAGGCGUUUCAGCGUGGAUCACCGUCAACUUCCUAACAGGCAGUUUGAAAACCCCAGGAAGGAGCAGUGUGGGCAUGCUGGAUUUGGGUGGAGGGUCCACUCAGAUCACCUUCCUUCCAAGAGUCGAGGACACCCUCCAGACCUCCCCGCCUGGCUACCUGACAUCACUCCAGAUGUUUAAUCGGACCUACAAGCUCUAUUCCUACAGCUACCUGGGCCUCGGAUUGAUGUCGGCACGGCUAGCAAUUCUGGGUGGCGUGGAGGGGAAACCUGCUGAGGAUGGAAAGGAGUUGGUCAGCCCUUGUUUGUCUCCAGGUUUCACAGGAGAGUGGCAACAUGCUGAAAUAACAUACAGAAUUUCAGGACAGAAGGCAGCAGUGAACCUCCAUGAGCUGUGUGCCAGCAGAGUGUCGGAAAUCCUUCGAAACAAAGUGCAUAGAACAGAAGAAGUGAAGGAUGUGGAUUUUUAUGCUUUUUCCUACUAUUAUGACCUUGCAGCAAAUGUUGGCCUCAUAGAUGUGGAGAAGGGAGGCAGCCUCGUCGUGGGAGACUUUGAUAUCGCAGCCAAGUAUGUGUGCAGGACAGCGGAGACCCAUCCUCCAGGCAACCCCUUUCUGUGCAUGGACCUCACCUACAUCAGCCUGCUGCUCCAAGAGUUUGGCUUCCCAGAGAACAAAGUGCUGAAGCUGACUCGGAAAAUCAACAAUGUUGAGACCAGCUGGGCUCUGGGGGCCAUUUUUCAUUACAUCGACUCCCUGAGAAGACAGAAGAAUCCAGCCUCAUAGUGGCCAAGCUGCCCCAGCCAUCCUUACAGAGCGGCUCCAUCUCCAUGAGAACAGACCUGUGUGGAACGCCUUGAUGUGUUGGGAGGAAGCCACUGCUCGGGCUGCCACCCCUUUCCCUUUGGCCUUGCAGACCUGCCCCUGGACAGGCAGAGGGCUAGAACGUGACCAGGCCUAGUGUCUCCUCCUGCCUCAGCCCCAGGUGGGCAGUAAACCAGACAGGGCAAAGGGUACAUGUCAAGUUUAGUAUGACACAGGCACACCAUCCCCCAUCCCUCCCCUGUAUGCAGGGUUGGGGUGGCUGUAACGUGUUUCUGUGACAGGAGUCUUGUUUUCUCUCCCUGCCCCUGUCUGGUCCCUCCUCUCAUCCCCAGGGUGGACCUCCACCUUCUCCCCAGAGACUUGGUGGGGAGGUUUUACAGGCUGUUCUGGCUGCUUUCAGGGUGGGCCAAGUGGCAACCACCAUGUCCUCUGGGACAGUGAAUUGGGCGGACCUGAAUGCAUUGGCCUCCUCUUUGGUUAUGGACAUGCGAGGUCAUCCAGAGGUCUGUUUUCUCAGGUUCUUGGAUGGCUUGGGGCAAGCUGAUGAAGUUGGCCUUGUGAGUAGAAGAGGGCUGGGGGAAAUACCUCUGUGUGUCCCAGCUCUUCAGAGGAGGUCUGAAUGUGAGCAUGACCUGCUUACAAUAUUUAUGGCUGUGCUGUGUGAGUGACAUCUCUGUUGUGUGGUGCUGGGUGUUUGUGUAGCAGCUGUGUUCUGAGCCCCAGUGAAUGUAUUGCUACCAUGAGCCAUUUGCAGCUGAGCAGUGUUGAAGACACACACCAUCCCCCUGUGGGUCAGGUGGACUGCAGUCCCCAGAACUGCCUUCUUGAGGCUCUGCUGGGGUACAGGGCUAUGCCCAUUGUCUGGGGCCUCUGUAGGACACUGGCUCUGGGCCCUCUUGCAUCGGGAUGUGAAGUCUGUGAGACAUAGGCCCUGGGGCCACAGUCGUUCUGCAGUGAAUGUAUGGUAUAUGGAAUAAGCUGAACCUCAUGUGUUCCACUCAAAAUAAAGGGUUUACAAGGG